AUGCCUCCUUUCAAGGUUCUUACCGCCACACACGACGAUGGUGAGAAGCCAAAACGCUUCGGUUACAAGGCGCCCGCAUUUGACGCCUGGCUGGAGAUCUUUUUGCAAGAUGAGAUGCCUGACCAGAUCGUUGGCAUUCUGCUUAACCUCAACUCGGACGAGGUCCAAGAGCUCAAGUCAUGCAUUCGCCAUGAGCUAAGGUUCCGCGCUGUCACAUUCCCAGGCCUCUUCAAAGAGCCAUCAUCCAUAGAGGACUAUCGCAAAGAAUGGAAUCCCAAUGUCUACGGUUGCUAUCCUGUUGUGCCUCAUCAGUUUCGUCGCGAGAUACUGGCUCGCCUGGUCGACAUUUGUGCGGAUGAGAUGAAGAAAGACAAGAACCUGCGUGCCGGCGCCACCGAUCCUACCCCUCUGAAGCGUGAGCACGUCUGUCUCGAGUGA